AUUUUAAUCGCUAUUUGUUGCAGGGUUUAUCGUCAUUCUUCAGCUGUGGGGAAGAAAAUAGAAGAGAUUCCAUUACCGAUCUGUUUCAGUACAAUAAACCAAAAAUGAUUAUCAUCACUUGCGAUGCUAAACUAUAAACUUACCAAAAACCGUCCUCCCACACUUGCGUACAGAAAUGGCUUCGAUUUCUGCUUUAAAUUCACCUAAUAUUCCUUCAUUCCACAGGCAACCCAUGUCGAAAAACCUAAUUUUACGCCGAUUUGGGGCGUCUUUCCGUUCGUGCGGAGCUCAUACGUUGGUAAUGACGAAUUCGGACGGGGGUGGGCCGAUUUCAAACGGUGGCGCGGAUUUGUUGGGAGAGCCCAUGGCCUCAGCUUCCGGCAACAAUGAGGAUCUAGACGAUGAGAAGGGUGGAGAUUGUGACACGUGGGUGGAUUGGGAGGAUCGGAUUUUGCAGGAGACUGUGCCUGUCGUUGGCUUUGUUAGAAUGAUUCUUCACUCUGGAAAAUAUGGAACUGGUGAUAAAUUGAGUCCUGAGCAUGAGAAAACCAUACUGGAGAAGCUACUUCCGUUUCAUCCGGAGUGUGAAGAGAAGAUUGGAUGUGGAGUUGAUUACAUCACGAUUGGAUACCAUCCUGAUUUUGAGAGUUCAAGGUGCUUAUUCAUAGUCCGUAAAGAUGGAGAAUUUGUCGAUUUUUCGUACUUGAAAUGCAUAAAAGGUUUGAUUAGAAAAAAAUAUCCUCGGUAUGCCGACAACUUUAUCGUGUGGCAUUUUGGGAAGCAUAGAUAUGGAUGGAGGUAACAAUUUGUGCCAAGGAAUUUUUUCUUGGGAAAAUUUCAUCUUUACUUACAGAUUGUAAAUACUUGUAAAUAUACCAUUAAUAAUUAUUUUGUUGCAUUUGUACCUACUAUAUGACAAUUAAUUGAAAAGAUGCCUAUCAGAUANA